AUGAGCCGAUCACCCCCACAUCCCAGUCUACUCCCAUCUGUGGGCUCCCAAGAUGCCCUGACUCUCCGGCCACCACCACCUGCUCCUCAGAGUCCCUUGUCCCCCUCUUGGGCCUCUCUGGGUGGGCCUCCUCCCUGGGGCUUCAGCUGUCUUCUGGCUGUGCAGCAUAUCCUUGUUCUGGCUUCUCUGCUCUGUGUCUCCCACCUGCUUCUCCUGCGCAGUCUUCCCCCAGGGGGACUCUCUUCCUCCCCUGCUCAGCUCCUGGCAGCCAGCCUCUUUUCAAGUGGUGUGUCGACUGCCUUGCAAGUUUGGAUGGGCAGCAGACUGCCUCUUGUUCAAGCCCCAUCUUUCGAGUACCUUAUCCCUGCUCUGGUGCUGACCAGCCAGAAACUACCUAUGAGCAUCCGGACACCUGGGAACUCCUCCCUCGUGCUGCACCAGUGUGAGGGGCCUGGCUGCUAUGGCCUGGAGCUCGGGAAUACUUCUCUCCGAGAGGUGUCCGGAGCAGUGGUGGUAUCCGGGCUGUUUCAGGGCACACUGGGAGUGUUGGGGGGCCCUGGCCGUUUGUUCCCGCACUGUGGGCCCCUGGUCUUGGCCCCUGGCCUGGUUGUGGCAGGCCUUUCUGCUCACAGGGAGGUGGCCCUGUUCUGCUCUGCUCACUGGGGCCUGGCCUUGCUGCUUAUCCUGCUCAUGGUGGUCUGUUCUCAGCACCUGGGCUCCUGCCUGUUACCCCCAUGCCCCUGGAGGUCAGCUUCAGCAUCUCCAAUUUCCGCUCACAUCCCUGCCUUCCGGCUCCUCUCGGUGCUGAUCCCUGUGGCCUGUGUGUGGAUUGUCUCGGCUGUUCUGGGUCUUAGCGCUACCCCCCUGGAGCUGUCUGCCCCUACUGAGGCACCGUGGUUUUGGCUGCCUCACCCAGGUGAGUGGGACUGGCCGUUGCUGACGCCCAGGGCUCUGGCUGCAGGCAUCUCCAUGGCCCUGGCCGCCUCCACCAGUUCCCUGGGCUGCUAUGCUCUAUGUGGCUGGCUCCUGCGUCUGCCUUCACCACCUUCUCAUGCCUGCAGUCGAGGGUUGAGCUUGGAGGGUCUAGGCAGUGUGUUGGCUGGGCUACUUGGGAGUCCUAUGGGCACUGCAUCCAGCUUUCCCAAUGUGGGCACAGUGAGCCUUACCCAGGCUGGAUCCCGGAGAGUUGCCCACUUGGUGGGACUGUUCUGCAUGGGGCUCGGACUCUCCCCCAGGCUGACCCAGCUUCUCACCACCAUCCCGUUGCCUGUGCUCGGUGGGGUGCUGGGGGUGACCCAGGCGGUGGUUCUGCCUACUGGAUUCUCCAGCUUCCAUUUGGCUGACAUUGACUCGGGACGGAAUGUCUUUAUAGUCGGCUUCUCUAUUUUCAUGGCUCUACUGCUACCAAGAUGGCUUCGAGAAGCCCGGGUCCUUUUCCUCACAGGCUGGAGUCCCUUGGACGUGCUACUACACUCACUGCUGACAGAGCCCGUCUUCCUGGCUGGACUCUUGGGCUUCCUCCUAGAGAACACCAUUUCUGGUACACAGCUUGAAAGAGGCCUAGGUCAAGGACUUCCAUCUCCUUUUGCUGUUCAAAAGGUUUGGAUGCCUAAGAUGUCCAGAAAGAAGGCUGAUCAAGAGUAUGAGCUUCCUCUCCUCAUCCAAAACCUGUGUUCCUGCAUCCCCCAACCACUCCGUUGCCUCUGCCCGCUGCCUGAGGACCUUGGAAAUGAGGAAAGAGAGUCCUCUGAGCCAGAAGAGAUGGCAGACUUGCUGCCUGACUGUGGGAAGCCAUGCCCUGCUUUCCAGGCCCAGCUGGCCCGCCAGUUAGUAACUUUCAACAGUUCAGUGGACCCAGAAGCCCCACCCUGUUGGCUCUGGGCUCCGCCCCCGUUCCAAGGCCCCGCCUCCGGGGGUGGGGGGCGAAGAGUCUGCCUUUACUCUAGGCCUUUCGAUUUGCACUGGCGGCUGCUGCGGGGAGGGUGGGAGCUCUUGAGGCCGCUCACGGUAGGUGCGAUUGGGCCCGAGUCAAGACCGGGGCUGGGGCUUGCGCCGGGCAGCAAAUUGCUCCUCAAGUCCUGUGGACUGGGCCGGCGAAGGCGCUCACUCCUAGAACUGACCACGCGCGACCGAGGUUCUGGAGGAGGCCUCCUGGAAUGGGCGGGACCGUGCGUACUGCGCUUGCGCAGUCUGUCUCCUGGCUGUGAGGCGUGGUUUGUAAGGCUUGAGUGA